UCUGUUCGUAGUAUUUACAUGAAACAUGCAGUUUGGUUCAUAUUCAAUAUUUUCAAAUAUUUUUUGGUUAAUUUAGUGUUUCUUAACAGCCCGUACGAGUAGGUUUGUAAGAGUAGCAGUUUAAAUAAAGUUCGUCAUGUUUUUGUAUGGGCUGACUCUGCAAAGAGCUACCACCAUUAUUCAUGCAGUCCAUGGCAACUUUUCGGGGACAAAACAGCAGGAAAUUGCCGUUUCCAGAGGGAAACUGCUGGAGUUGUUGAAGCCAGAUCCAAACACAGGGAAGGUGCACACACUCAUCACUGUUGAGGUGUUCGGAGAAAUUCGUUCUUUGAUGUCGUUCCGCUUGACUGGAGGCAACAAAGAUUACGUUGUGUGCGGUUCAGAUUCUGGAAGAAUUUCUAUCCUUGAAUAUAUUCCAAAUAAAAAUAAAUUUGAAAAGAUUCACUUGGAGACUUUUGGUAAAAGUGGAUGCAGAAGGAUUGUACCCGGUCAAUAUCUUGCUAUUGAUCCCAAAGGAAGAGCUGUAAUGAUCGGUGCUUUGGAGAAGCAGAAGUUGGUUUACAUUUUGAAUCGAGACUCACAAGCAAGGUUGACCAUCUCGUCUCCGCUCGAAGCUCAUAAAGCAAACACAUUCGUCUACCACAUGGUGGGGAUAGACGUGGGGUUCGAAAAUCCAAUGUUUGCUUGUCUUGAACUUGAUUAUGAAGAAGCAGAUACCGACCCAACUGGCGAAGCUGUUCAAAAUACACAACAGACCUUAACCUUCUAUGAGCUUGACCUUGGUUUAAACCAUGUGGUUCGAAAAUACAGCGAGCCCCUGGAAGAACGAGCCAAUCAUCUUAUAUCAGUGCCUGGUGGUAAUGAUGGUCCCGGUGGUGUGUUAGUGUGCGCAGAGAACUAUAUCACAUACAAGAACUUUGGUGACCAACCUGAUAUUAGAACCCCUAUUCCAAGAAGAAGGAAUGAUCUUGAUGAUCCAGAGCGAGGCAUGAUUGUGGUAUGCAGUGCAACUCAUAAAACAAAGUCGAUGUUUUUCUUUUUAAUUCAAACUGAACAAGGAGAUAUAUUUAAGGUGACCCUUGAAACAGAUGAAGACAUGGUGACCGAGAUUCGACUUAAAUAUUUUGACACUGUUCCCGUUUCCAUGGCGAUGUGUGUGUUGAGAACUGGUUUCUUAUUCGUGGCUGCUGAGAUGGGAAAUCAUUGUUUAUACCAAAUUGCUCACCUUGGAGAUGACGAUGAUGAGACGGAGUUCUCGAGCGCGAUGCCGUUAGAGGAAGGAGACACAUUCUUCUACGCUCCUCGUGCGCUGAGGAACCUUGUGCUCGUUGACGAGCUGGACAGCUUGUCACCAAUCAUGACUUGCCUGAUAUCAGAUCUUGCAAAUGAAGACACCCCACAGUUGUAUGUAACUUGUGGUAGAGGUCCACGUUCAUCUCUUCGUGUUUUAAGGCACGGGCUUGAGGUUUCCGAGAUGGCUGUUUCAGAACUACCUGGUAAUCCGAAUGCUGUGUGGACUGUAAAGAUAAAAGAAGAAGAGGAAUUUGAUUCUUACAUCAUCGUGUCCUUCGUCAACGCUACCCUUGUCCUCUCUAUCGGAGAAACUGUUGAAGAAGUUACAGAUUCUGGAUUCUUAGGAACAACUCCCACUCUAUCUUGCUCAUUGCUGGGUGAGAAUGCAUUGGUUCAGGUUUACCCGGAUGGUAUUCGGCACAUCCGAGCUGACAAGCGAGUCAAUGAAUGGAAAACUCCGGGUAAAAAAACCAUCCUGAGGUGUGCUGUCAAUCAAAGACAAGUUGUCAUCGCACUUACUGGGGGGGAACUUGUAUAUUUUGAAAUGGAUCAGUCAGGACAACUGAAUGAAUACACGGAACGUAAAGAGAUGAACAGCGAGGUUGUGUGCAUGGAUUUAUCAAAAGUUCCUCCAACGGAACAAAGAACGCGAUUUCUUGCUGUCGGGUUGGCUGAUAAUACUGUCCGUAUUAUAUCUCUUGACCCAACUGAUUGUUUGCAACCUCUGAGCAUGCAAGCUCUUCCUGCAACUCCGGAGUCGGUUUGCAUCAUUGAAAUCGGAGGAGGAGAGGAUGAAACAGGAGCACAGAAAGCAUCCGGAGGAUUGGUCCUCAACAUUGGGUUGCAGAACGGGGUUUUGCUUCGAACAACGCUUGAUAAUGUGACAGGAGAUCUCUCGGACACACGAACACGAUAUCUUGGAACACGGGCAGUCAAACUGUUUCGUGUAUUGACACAGGGUUCAGAUGCAGUAUUAGCAAUGUCCAGCAGAACAUGGUUAAGUUAUCAACAUCAGAACAGGUUCCAUCUCACACCACUAUCUUAUGAAAGCUUGGAGUUUGCAUCAGGAUUCGCAUCAGAGCAAUGUCCAGAAGGAAUUGUUGCAAUAUCUGCCAACACCCUCAGGAUUUUAGCAUUGGAGAAGUUGGGCACCGUGUUCAACCAAGCGUCCACAGGACUUCAAUACACGCCACGUAGAUUUGCAAUACAUUACGACUCGGGUAAUGUCAUUAUACUUGAGACCGAUCAUAAUGCUUACACAGAAGAAACCAAGGAGAACAGAAAACAACAAAUGGCAGAAGAAAUGAUAGAGGCAGCAGGUGAGGAUGAGAGAGAACUCGCUGCUGAGAUGACCGCAGCUUUCCUCCGUGAGAGUCUUCCGGAGGAUAAGUUCGGAGCAUCAAAAGCUGGUCCUGGGAUGUGGUCAUCUCAGAUCCGUCUCAUGCAUCCAAGAUCUGGCGAAACAAUUCAAAAAAUUUGUCUGGAGCAAAACGAAGCAGCGUUGAGCAUUGCUAUUUGUAAGUUUCCCAACAACAGUGACGACACGUUUGUGUUGGUUGGCGUGGCUUGCGAACUCCUUAUCAACCCACGGCAAGCAAGGGGGGGAGGGGAGAUACAUACUUAUAAAAUAAAUGAAGAAGGAAAUAAACUGGAACUCGUGCAUAAGACAGUAGUUGACGAGGUGCCGAGCGCAAUUUGUCCGUAUCAAGGUCGUGUCCUCAUCGGGGUUGGAAAGUUGCUUCGAAUCUAUGAUCUUGGGAAGAAGAAGUUGUUGAGGAAGUGUGAGAAUAAGCACAUCCCUAACUACAUAGCCAGCAUUCAAGCUGUUGGUCAUCGUAUCAUUGUGUGCGAUGUACAGGAGUCUGUGCAUUGGGUGAGAUAUCGAAGACAUGAAAACCAACUUGUGGUGUUUGCGGACGAUACUUACCCACGAUGGGUCACGUCAGCUACUGUGUUGGAUUGGAACACAGUGGCUGUGUCCGAUAAGUUUGGAAAUAUAUCUGUGCUGCGUCUUCCAUCUGAUGUCAACGAUGACGUUCAAGAUGAUCCCAGCGGAACCAAAGCUUUGUGGACGAGAGGAAUUCUUAACGGAGCAAUGCAGAAGUGUGAGGUGCUAUGCAUGUACCAUGUUGGGGAAACAGUUCUAUCACUACAGAAGACCACCCUCAUACCUGGAGGUUCAGAAUCCCUCGUAUACACCACAUUAUCGGGUAGUAUUGGUAUGUUGGUGCCAUUCACAUCACAUGAGGAUCAUGAUUUCUUCCAGCAUUUAGAAAUGCACAUGAGAAAUGAAUGUCCACCAUUAUUGGGGAGAGACCAUCUUGCUUAUAGAUCAUAUUACUUUCCUGUCAAGAAUGUUAUUGAUGGUGAUUUGUGUGAACUCUUCAAUUCAAUGGAGGCUUCAAAACAAAAAUCUGUAGCUGAGGAAUUAGACAGAGUCCCAUCUGAGGUGUCGAAAAAACUUGAAGACAUUCGUACAAGAUAUGCGUUCUGAUUCUUCUGUUGUCAUUUAAUUUUAAACCAACUUCUCUUUAGUGACCAAACAGUCAAUCAUGUGAUGUCACAAUAGUUCAAUUCAACUUUUAUACAGAACUGCCUUGUCAUGAAAAAUUGAGUUUUUUAACAAGUUUUUGUGAAAUUUCAAAAAAUGAAGAACUCUGUAAAAAUAAGGUUUAUUUAAACAUCUUGUAUGAAUAUUAAAUGAAACAAGCAAACCUGUUGCUUGCUGGAACUGUCCGUUGUAACCACAACUGGUAUUCCGCUGUCUGAUAACUCGCAUAUAUUUUCGUGUAAGGGGAUUCUCCCUGUAUAAACAUUAUUGUAAGUCGAGAAUAAAACAUCAUUUUUAGAAACUUACCCAA